UUGGCAAGUGAAUGAAGGACUGCACUACACGCUGCAUCCUUCCUCGACUUGGAUGUGUCACGCUAUGGCCUGUUCUGGCACAUAUAAUCGCAUUCGAGUGGCUCUUGUAUUCCUGCUGAUCGUACCAGCCCUCAUUCUGUGGGUGUGGUUGCUAGAAGAAGCCAUUAGAACAUCGAUCCAGUGUCCCUCUGAGUGCUGGUGCGACCCUGGGCGUCGGACGGCUGACUGCUCCAACGUGUCCCUUAAGGAUAUUCCUCAGAGUUUCCAUGAAGAUAUCCGUGAUCUAAGGCUAGAUCACAAUAAUAUCUCCGUGUUGAGGAAGGACGUCUUCAGAUCUGUCGGGUUGCACUCGCUGGAGAUACUCAGUAUAUGCCACACUGGCCUCAUCGUGAUGGAGUCAGGAGCGUUCAGGGGACUUCCCCGGCUUGAGCAGCUCCACUUACACAAUAAUUUGAUAAGGACGUUGCAGCCCGGGACAUUCGCCAAUAUGACUAACCUGCGUGGUCUGCACUUGGCAAAUAACAGGAUACAGACCCUGGAGCCUGGACUCUUCACUGACCUCAUCAACCUGAAUUAUAUUAGCCUAGAAAGUAAUUUUAUUCAGCUAUUACAAGCGGAUGUAUUCUUGGGGUUAACGAAACUCAGAAAUCUUUGGUUAUCUGAAAAUGAGAUAGUCUAUCUCCAUCCUGUUACGUUCAAACAUAUGAAGAAGCUCAGGCUAAUCUGUCUCGAAAACAACACGAAUCUUCAAGUUCCAGCGGACAAACCUUUCCUUGAUGUACCUACUUUGGAGAGUUUGAUACUGUCCAAUUGUAACAUUACAAAUCUCUCGGCCAAAACGUUUCAGAAGACAAGGAAUUUGACAACAUUGUAUCUCCAAGGUAACAAUUUGAAGACAUUUGAUAUGGGGAUAUUGAAGGUGUUGCCAUAUCUGUCAUCUCUUUAUUUAUACAAGAAUCCUCUGCAGUGUGACUGUCAAUUAUUGAAACUUUGGCAGUGGUGCCGAGACCACAAGGUGAAAACUGGAAUUGAUGAAGAUGUACCGAGAUGUGAGAGCCCUGAACAGGUAUCAGGUCUGUGGUGGGGUGUAUUUGGACAAGCACAAUGUAAAAGCAACCAAUUGGAGUUCAUUGGGGACUACAAAACAACUGUCCACGAGUUCGCCGACCGAAAUGACGAGAUCGAGAAACAUUUGAAUUUUCUGAAAUAUGGCCAGACAUCUGCAUACGCAGUUCUCUUUCUUAUUGGAACAAUAGGGAACACAACAGUGAUUAUCAUAAUAGUUUGUAACAAGCGAAUGCGUACAGUGUCUUACGCGUAUAUUCUGAACCUUGCGGUUGGAGAUCUCUUCUCCUUGACGAUGAAUUUACCGCUGUACCAAGCAGUGGUGCUGUCACAGAACUGGGUACUGGGAGAAUUCUUGUGUAAGUUGGCAGUGUUCUUUCGCCCUCUGUCAAUUGGGGUGUCUGGCUUCUCUGUCACCAUUCUGAGUGUCCAGCGAUACUUCGCCACUUUGGGUUCAUUACGGCUGUCCACACGACUGACCACGUUCCUGAUCAUUCUGGCAGUGUGGAUCAUUGCUAUCUGCUGUGCUCUACCGUCAGCAUUCUCAGUGCACGUGGAUCACAACAUGAUCUGUACGUCAGACAAUCUGGAGUACUAUCGUAUAGUGGACUUGUUCCAUUUACUGACGUUUUGUGUAAUGCCUCUUUCUGUGAUAGUGACUAUGUAUGUCAUGACGGCUCGCCAGCUGAUCAUGAAUGCUCGCCACAUGCAAACAGACGCGAAGGCUUGUAAAACCCUGGCCAAAGUCGUUCUUGGUCUCGCCACUGUCUUCUUCAUCAGCUUCGUGCCUUACCAUGCUCUCUGGACAGUGAUAUUGUGGGAGAUUAUUCCACUGGAGCUGGAAAUGACGUAUGUGGUGUUUGCGUCUUCGUGUCUCCUCGUAUUCAAUUCAUGUUUCAAUCCGAUUGCGCUGUACUGUACCAGCGUGACGUUCAGGAGACAGUUUGAACGCUAUUUCCUGGCUUCGUGUAGAUGUACGAAAAUGAGGUUGAGGGACGAAGAGGAGUCAGACCUCCCUGCAGAAGAACCCUCUUAUACAAAUAUCCCGGUUCGAUACCAGCGACGCUCUACUUCGGAAAUAAUUUUAUUUUAAUCAGAAAGUGUCUCAGAUCUGCAGGAUAUGUAACUGUUACUCUGUCAAGUUUAACCAGAGGAACAUACCAGCGGACAGACCGAUGCUUCGCAUCUGAUAUACCCGUUACUUUGUUUUGAUAUAAACUGAAAGAAGGACACAAGAGGGGUGAUGAAAAAUAUAAUUAUUUUGGAGGCUGACACUGAAAGUGUUAAUUCACAGUUCAGUUUUCGAAAACUUCUCCAAGUGUACUAAGAAUAUUUUUUUUGUAAAAGAUUUCUUAUGACUGAAAUUAUUAAUUGAUGAAUCUUUUAAAUUAACCGACGUAUUAAUUAAUCAUCGAUUAUUUUCUUUAAUUUGUUAAUUCCUGAAAUUCUUAUAAAUGUAAAAGGUAAAAUUGUACCUGUGCUUAAUUAAUUAAGCGCUACACCACGAAGACUUUUCAGGGAGUGAGGUUUCCAUGAAUUACUCUAACUUCACGAUAGAAAGUACCGCUUCAUACAGUACGAGCAUGACACUUUUCAACUGUUUACGUUUCAUAUUGUCUAUUACAACAGUAAAUCCCUAACAAGAGGGUCGAUAUGGGUAAUAUCUUCAGUAAUAUUGCAUGUGUGCCUAAGUUGUGACCAUCUCUUAUUACGCCUAACUCGAUUUGCUACUUACGAAUUAACUGGCCAUGCACGUAACUUUGUAUUCGGCAGCAACAUGGCGCCCACCUCAGAACUGUUCAUCUUAGAAGUAUACAUAGGUAAAGGUAUCCCUGUAACAGUCCGUGGAUACUCGUACGGUUGUGAGACGUCGAGGCUCCCACAU